AUGCUGUUGGAUUCUAAUGCCAGGGCACUGGGUCUCAGUACGACAGGUUCACAAGUGCCGUUGGUUCAACAUUUAGUCCACAGUCGACAGACGGAUAAAUUAGGAGUACUCUUGGAUGCCCUAGAAAAAUUGGCAAAAGAAAACGAGGAGCUGCCUGUCGACAUAAGCGAGCCAGAAUUUGACAAUACGACCAUUUUACACCAUGCAUGUAUAGCCGGAAGCUCAACUAUUAUCAAACGUCUGAUGGACAUGUUGGAUUUGAUGACAGAUCGAAAACUGUGUCACUUCACUCAAAAACAAGUCCUUAAUUUUGUCGACAACUCAAAAUUUGCUCAAAUAAACUCAACCCAAAGUUGUCUUCAAAUUUUGAUCCGGUCCUCAAGUUUUGAGCCGAAGGAAAAACUGGAGUUGAUUCGACUUCUUCUCGAAAAUGGCGCCAACCCGAACAUCAAGUUCGGUUUUCCUGACUUCUCCGAAGACUCCAAUAAGUCGGCGGAAUCGAUGUCACUUUUGUUAGAGGCGUCAGCAAUGGGGCAAGAAAGGCUAAAAAUUGUUCAACUUAUGAUGGAUUUCCACGCCAAAGACGAAGGCCAACGGGCUUUAGAGGCUUCCAUUCUCGAAUUCGACGACGAGCUCUCGGAUUUAAUUCUAGCAAACAGCUGGCCCGCAAUAUCCGAUGCGGGAAACCAGAUAAGUUCAGCUGGCCGCAAAUCAGGAGUGCCCUGCUCUGAAUUAGUUCACGAGUUGAAGAAAGCUCUCGCACCCCUCGGUUUUCAUAAAACCUCUUUGGCAGACCACAAAGUCAUGUUCUACCGACAAACAUCAGCCUACGCCUUUCACGAGUUCAGACAAACUGGAAACUUGACGCGGAAAAUGUCACAGAAAAUAAGUUUCACCCUGGAACCACUUUCAGUGAGCUUCACUGGUAUAGAUAUCAGGAAAUCUAUAGAUCGGGAUCUGAUUUUGAAGACCAUUUUGCACUUUUAUCGAAGAUGUUCCGAGUUCCAAUAUUACUUGAGCACUUUGAAAAUAGUGCCGAUGCAUCUCUUGACUGAUUUGAUCACCACUGUCAAAAUCGAGAACUGCAGUUCAUUGCAUAGUUUAGAUGAAAGGUUCUUCACUGAAUUCCGCAGUUUGAAUUAUCUCUCUGUGACUGACAACUCUUCGUUGAAAAGCCUUCCGAGCAUUUGUGGGGCUGAGAAAAGUCCAAUUGAGAUCCUGGUACUGGACCGAAACAAUCUGGAAACGAUUCCCAGUUGGCUGUUUUCAAUGAAGAAACUUCGCAUGCUCAGUCUAUGUGCAAACUUGUUCUCGGAACUUCCGGUCAGUAUGUGGAUGGCUUAUGCCAUUGAAGACAUUAACCUCUCCAAAAACCCGAACUUGAAAAAACUACCAGUUAAAAAUCUGAGCUGCUUCCGAGAAAUUUGGAGGAAGAGUAAAAAUUCUUUGCGAUCUUCAAAAGCUUCAGCUUCAGAUUGUGAAGAAGAGCCAUCGAAUGGUUCUAAACCAGAAGACAGUUCAAGUGCCAGCGAGGUAGUGGACUUUGAAAUAGUUUCAACUGAUCGACCGCAUGUUUCAAAGCCACAAUACAAGCGGGUUUCCUUUUUUGAGAAGCACUACAUUUCAGCCAAUGACGUUAGACCACAACAAAACUUCUGCUAUGAUGAAGGGGAACUACAUUACGGGCUCAGAUUGCACACUUUGACGGUUCGUGACAGCAGUUUAGAGGAACUACCUUAUAAUCUGGCUUGUUUGGCGCCCCGACUUCAUUACUUGUACUGCGAGAGAAACAAAAUCAACAACAUUUCCAUCCCCGAGCAGUUUCCGCCGACCAUCAUGGGAAUGAACUUUGACUCGAACGAACUGACCUCAAUUGAGUUUUUGAGGAAACAGAACCUUAGUUGCAUGCGGUCAAGCGAAAACUGGAUUGUGGAAGAAGAUUGUGCGGAUUGUUUUGACCGAAAAGAUUCCCCUUUUCACCAGGCACACGUUGAAAGAUGCAAACAUAAUAGCCACAUGAGACUCGAAAUUCUGAAAAGUCUAGACUUGAGUCACAAUAAAAAGUUGACCACAGUCGAGUUCGAUUAUCUAGAAAGACGAGAGAACAUUUUGAUUCCUACUACAAGACUACCUGCUUUGGGAAACUUGCACAUAAAUGACUGCAAUUUGAAAGAAAUUUCGGACUCUAUCACAAGGUUGCGAAACCUUGGUUGGUUGCAGAUAAACAAUAACCCCGAGAUCAGAACUAUUCCGGAGGAUAUUGCACUGCUGGACAAACUGCAGACGUUCUCCUUCGAGGGGUGCCAAGUAGCCGAUGAGAUGCUACGCAAUCAUAAAGGAUCGGCUAAAAACAUUCUGAAUAUUUUAUCGGCCAAAAGAGAAGGAAAAUCUGCGUGGCGGCGAUUGAAACUGAUGUUCAUGGGGGAAAGCAAUGCUGGAAAAACUUCAUUGGUCAAAGCGCUGGCCAAAUGUGGCAACGGGUCCAGCUCCAACAAAUACGCCGGCGUGAUGCGAUACGCGAUUCGACAGCAUUACGAGUUUGAAAAGCUGGAACAGGAGCGAAACCGGAUGCCAUUUCUGAGCACAGUUGGGAUCGAUGUGAACGACUGGGUGUUCCCCAAAGACUGGGCGGAUGGGAAGAUGGCUCCGAUCUGGUUCGACACUUGGGACUUUGCAGGACAAGAAGUGUACCAAAUUACUCAUCAGUACUUCAUUUCACGCCGCUGUUUGUACUUGUUGGUGUUCAACACAGUUGAGAAGACGGCAGAGGGAAAGUACCGAGUGAGGGACAAACGCAGUCUGCUGCAGGAGCUGAAGAAGUGGCUCAACAACAUCUACUGUCGCAUCCCAAAUGCACGCUUCAUUCUCGUUGGCACCAGGAAGGACCAAGCAAGAAACGCACAAGGCUGGGCACCCGAAUAUUUCGAGAUGAUGCGGACGUUUCUGCGAGACAAGUUCAAGCAACCGAGUGACGAGCAACGCAACAGGUCAUCCGGAUUCCCCAUAAUCCAAGACGUCAUCUUUGUGACGUGUUUGCACAAUCAUGAGGAACAGAUUUCGUCCCUGAGUAAAUACAUCUGGCAGCCCGAAUAA